AUGGAUCGCUUCGUCUCCAAGAAGAGGCCUCGGAGCCCCCAAACUCCAAUUCCUCAGGAUGAGGACUCCACCGACCUGAAGUUAACUCUUCUGAUGUCACUCUUCCCCGACAUGGCCCUGGACGCAUUGAUGGAAAUCCUGGUUUCCAGCAGUGGCUGUGUGGAAACAGCCUCGGCCAUCAUCAAGGCCCAGGCACCCCCCGCCAAGAAACGUGUGCCUGUCCCAGGGACGCCAGCAAUUCAAACUUCCCUUGCCUCUCAUAUCCAAUUCCCCACCUCCACCAACCGAACCCUGCCACCUAAAGGGACCUCACUCCACCUCUACUCCCCCACUGACAUAGCCACUUACACUCCCUGCACCCUCAUCCACAACUUCCUUCCAUCUGCCCAGGCAAACGCCCUCCUUAUCGAACUCCUCGCCGAAUCCCCGCAUUUCUUCCGUCCCCAAUUCCAGCUCUUCUCCCGCACCGUCUCCAGCCCCCAUUCCUCCAGCAUCUACGUCUCCACACCUGAAGAACACCACCAACAUACCUCCGAAUACACCUACGGCGGCACCUACCGCUCCAACGUUCGCCAACUCACCCCACACAUGCGCGCCGUCUCCGCUCGCGUCCAAAUCGCCGUGAACGAACACAUCCGCCUCCGUCCAAAACUCCCCUUCCAGUCCCCCCAGCCAUGGACCCCUAACGCCGCUUUCGUCAACUGCUACGCCGGCCCGGCAGAAAGCGUAGGGUAUCAUUCCGAUGAACUCACUUAUCUCGGUCCCCGUCCUAUCAUCGGCAGCUUGAGUCUCGGCGUGGAGAGGGAAUUCCGGCUCCGGAAAAUCGUCCCGGACGAUGACGAGGAAACACAAACGCACGGGCAAAUAUCCAUCCACCUUCCUCAUAACUCCCUCCUCAUCAUGCAUGCUGAGAUGCAAGAGGAAUGGAAACAUGCCAUCGCGCCAGCGAAGAGUAUUACGCUGCAUCCGGUGUCCGGGAAUAAACGGAUUAAUAUCACGUAUCGAUGGUAUCGGGACUCGUUGCAUCCGAGGUAUACCCCGCGAUGUCAGUGUGGGGAACAUACGAUCUUGCGAUGUGUGCAGAGGAAGCAGGAGACCAAGGGACGGUAUAUGUGGAUGUGCUAUGCGGGGUUUGCUCCCGGGAAGACUGGGUGUGGGUAUUUUCAGUGGGCUGAGUUUGAUGAUGAUGGGGAGCCGGUGUGGGAGGGGAGAUCGAGUGAGGGGAGUGGGGAGGAGGCUCCGAGGUUGAGGAACUUUGUGGAGGACGAAGUGAAG